AUGAAGUAUGUGAAGCUUCCUAAGUGCAAGCUCGAGCAAGAUGAGUUGUUGUUCCCUCCAUCGGAAUCCGGCAAUUGGAGGGAAACAAUAUGUGACAAAGAAGGUGCACAAAAGAUACACAAGAGCCAAAAAAUGGGUGUAGGCAUAUCAGUCUUCUUAGGGAUAAAAGCAACAGUACUGUUCCUCAUCUUCGUCUCUCUUCAAAAUCUUGACUUCACUUUAUUGUCGUUGCCAUUUUUGUUUACUAGUGGCGAGGAGCCUUAUAAUGAGAUUUGUGAGGGUGUUUAUGUUGGUGGGUGGCCUUUUUCUGUUGAUAAAUUGCCACCUGGUAAUCCUGCUAUUAUAGAUUGUACUUGUGAGUUUCCAAGAAAAGAGGAGUUUAAAGGUCAUCCUUAUCUGUGUGUUCCAACCUGGGAUACUAGGGCACCUCAGCCUGGAGAGAUUGAAUCUGCUGUCAGGUGGGCUUGCAGGAAAAGAGCUCAGAAUAGGCCUAUUUUCAUUCACUGUGCUUAUGGUCAUGGAAGAAGUGUUGCGGUGGCGUCCGCACUGCUGGUGGCUUUAGGCGUGGUGGAAGAUUGGAAAAAGGCUGAGCAGUUCAUAAGAGAAAGACGACCUUGUAUUUCAAUGAACUCCGUCCAUCACAAUGCCUUGGAAGAAUGGUCAAAGCACCGGCUAUCUAUUCCUAAGAGAAAUGAAGUAAUGAAUGAAAGUUCUGCAGUUCCGUCAACUGCUUCUGGACGCCCGCUAUCUAAACAGAUGUGA